CCGGCGAAUAUUUAAUUCAUUCGUACAAAGCAUUGUUUGAGUGCAAACGCAAAGCAACUUAACUAUACAAAAUAAAACAAUGUCGCUUCUCCCGUAUCUGAUCGGCCAGCCCCGCCGCCUCCUCGACCAAGAUUUUGGAUUAGCGCUUACUCCUGACGACUUACUGACGGCUGUUAUGGCGCCUUCGGUAUCCAGGGACUACUUCCGACCAUGGAGACAACUGGCUCUGGCCGCUCGUGACGUCGGGUCCACCAUCACUGCUGAUAAGGACAAGUUCCAAGUCAAUCUUGACGUCCAGCACUUCACUCCCGAAGAAAUUACCGUGAAGACUGUUGACGGGUUCGUUAUUGUUGAAGGAAAACAUGAAGAGAAGCAGGAUGAACACGGAUACAUUUCUCGCCAGUUUACCAGAAGGUAUGCGCUGCCUGAGAACUGUGAUCCCGAUACCGUGGAGUCCAGGCUGUCUUCUGACGGCGUGUUGACUGUGAUCGCUCCUAGAGUCCCUCCAGUGUCGAAGAACGAGAGGGCCGUGCCUAUUACUCACACUGGACCAGUUAGGAAGGAGAUUAAGGAGCCUGCAGCCGAUGCCGAAGCUAACGGCCCUCAGAAGUGAUCGACUCACAGAGGCGAAGAAAACCGUGCACCGUGUGUUAGAUCUUGCGUCCCUGUGCAUAAUGUAUACGCAUCAUGUAUGUAUGUGAUUGAGAAGACUGACCAAAUUGCUGUUGCUUGUAUUAUUAUAUUUUAAUAAAUAUUCCUGCUAUAUAAUAUCCA